AUGUCGGAACCGCAGGACCCCCCCUCGAUCGACCCGUACGAGAUCCUGGGCGUGGGAGAGAAGGCAACGCCGGACGAGAUCAAGACUGCCUACAGGAAAAAGGCGCUCAGGCAUCAUCCUGACAAGGCAACGCCCGAGUCCAAGGAUGAAGCAAACCAGAAGUUCCAGGAGAUUGCAUUCGCGUACGCAAUCCUGUCCGAUGAGCGCCGCCGCCGCCGAUACGACCUGACAGGAAGCACGGAGGAGGUGCUGGGGCUCGAGGAUGAUGACUUUGACUGGAUGGACUUUUACCGGGAGCAGUUCUCCAGCAUGGUGGACACGGGGGCCAUCGAUAAGAUCAAGCACGAGUACCAGCACUCGGAGGAAGAGACAACCGACCUGCUUGCGGCGUACGAGCAGUUCCACGGCGACAUGGACCGGAUCUACGACAGUGUCUUGCUCAGCAGUGUGCUCGACGACGACGAGCGGUUCCGCGCCAUCAUCGACCAGGCUAUCGCUGAGGGAAGAGUGAAAGGGUGGAAGAAAUAUACCGAGGAGUCGGAGAAGAAGAAACAGCAGCGCUUGAAAAGAGCACGCGAGGAGGCCAAGGAGGCAGAAGAAGCGGCCAAGGAACUGGAUGACCAGGGCAAGCGAAAGAAGAAAAACGCCUCGAAGAAGCAGUCCGCGCAGUCCAACAUGAACGACCUGGCCGCCUUGAUCCAGCAGCGACAGAAGAGUCGGGGAGCCAAUUUCCUCGACCAGCUCGAGGCAAAGUACUCGCGUCCAGGCAAGAAGCGCAGGGCAGACCUGGAUGGCGAGCCUCCCGAGGAGGCCUUUGAGGCGGUUGCCGCGAGGAAAUCAAAGAAGAAGAGUAAGGCCUGA